AUGACCUCUGCCCUGUUCCUGCGCCAACCAGCAAAAGAGAACAAUUUUGUAUUUUCUCAACUGCCUCAUUACACUCACACGGACAAAAGCAAAGAAGUUAAAAGAAAGAGUCAACAUAUGUAUUUACGACGAUCGGCGCAGCGCGUCGCCGCCUCGUGCUCUUCCUCUGUUUCUUCUUCUUCUUCUUCUUCGUGUACCACAUCUUCUUCAUCAUCGUCAUCAUUAAUAGGAGCAAGAGCAACGGCAGUGACAAAAUCAAUGUCAACGAAAUCUUCCUCAAAUCCACCGAAAGUGUUCGUCAACAAAGACACGAAAGUCGUUUGUCAAGGAUUUACGGGGAAAAACGGAACGUUUCACUCGGAACAGGCUAUUAAAUACGGAACAAAGUUAGUCGGAGGCGUGACGCCAAAGAAAGGCGGGACCAUGCACUUAAAUUUACCGGUGUUUAACACGGUGAGAGAGGCGAAAGAGCAAACCGGCGCGAGCGCGACGAGUAUAUACGUCCCUCCACCGUUUGCCGCGAGUGCGAUUUUGGAAGCCUUAGAGGCUGAGUUGGACUUAAUCGUGUGCAUUACAGAAGGUGUGCCUCAACACGAUAUGAUCCGAGUAAAAGACGCACUAAUGUCGCAGAGUAGAUCUCGAUUGAUUGGUCCAAACUGUCCCGGAAUUAUCAAACCGGGCGAGUGUAAGAUUGGUAUCAUGCCGGGAUAUAUUCACAAGCCGGGAAAAAUCGGCAUCGUCUCGCGUUCCGGGACGCUUACUUACGAAGCGGUGUUUCAAACCACGGAGUAUGGACUAGGACAAUCAACAGUCGUUGGAAUCGGCGGUGAUCCUUUUAACGGGACGAAUUUUGUGGACUGCUUAGAACGAUUCGUUGAAGAUGAUGAAACGGAAGGGAUUAUCAUGAUUGGAGAAAUUGGCGGCACGGCGGAGGAAGAGGCUGCGGAGUUUAUCAAAGCUUCUGGAACGAACAAACCCGUGGUUGGAUUUAUUGCCGGUUUGACCGCUCCUCCGGGUCGACGGAUGGGCCACGCGGGCGCAAUUACACAAGGUAAGGCUGGAACGGCGAUUGGUAAGAUCGAAGCUUUGGAGCAGGCUUCUGUGAAUGUGGUUCGGAGUCCGGCGAAAAUGGGCGAAGCGAUGCAUAGAAUGAUGGUCGAACUGGGUAAAGCGUAA